GCGGGCAAAUUCAAAGAACACGCCGAUUUUAGCUCUAUAUAAAUGGCCCCUUUCUCCUCUCUCUCAACAAUUGUUCUCCCGUUCACCGUCUAAGAAGAAGAAAAGAAAAAAAACAAUCUUUUGAGAAGAUGGCUGAAGCUAAGAGCAAAUUUGAAUCUGUUAGGGAAUGGGUCGUUGAGCACAAGCUUAGAACUGUUGGUUCUCUAUGGCUUAGCGGUAUUGCUGGUUCAAUCGCGUACAAUUGGUCGCAACCCAACAUGAAAACAAGCGUCAGGAUUAUUCACGCCAGGUUACACGCACAGGCGCUUACGCUGGCUGCAUUAGCUGGUGCUGCUGUGGUUGAGUACUACGAUCAUAAAACUGGAGCAAAGGCUGACAGAUAUGCUGCGUACAUCCCACACAAGGACUUCAAAUGAUCCAGAAUAGAAGAUGCUUUUAUUGAGACCUGUAAGGUCUACAAUGAAUGAAUUGAUAUGAAUAACAAUUUAUGUGAGGGGCUUGAGUUUUGACCAGUCCUGGUUGUGUUGUUUUAUUCACUACUAAUAUUGUACCACAUUUGAUGGCAAGGAAAUUAAAAUUUUUUAUGGCGUGCA